CGUGCCCUCCGCGUGCCCCGCCCUCCGAGGCUUGGAGCACCCGAGGCACGGCAGGUGCAAGGUCCUCGCCAGCCUGUGGCCUGGACGUGCCACCAUGGACACAUCGCCCGCGUCCCCAGAGCCCUUCCUGGCCGUCCCGCAGGCUGAGGUGCUGCAGGAGCUGCUGCAGGCACAGUUGGGGCCCCUGCCACGGCUCGCGGCCAUCUGUAGGCUCAAGCGGCUGCCCUCAGGCAGCUACUCCACCAUGGACGACCUGCAUCUGGUGCUGGAGCGCAGGCGCGUGGCCAACGCCAAAGAGCGCGAGCGGAUAAAAAAUCUCAACAGGGGCUUUGCCAAGCUGAAGGCUCUGGUGCCGUUUCUGCCACAGAGCAGGAAGCCCAGCAAAGUUGACAUCCUGAAAGGUGCGACAGAAUACAUACGGGUACUCGGCUGUGUUCUGGAAGGAGCAAAGGCCUCAGAGAAACAGGGCCCCGAGGAGCAGACCCACAGCAGCAGACCCUCUGACCCUCAUGCAUCCUCGACUAGAGAGCUCUUGGGAAAUGCUACCCAGUCUACCAGUCAUGCGAGUGGCUUGAAGAAAGAAGAGGGGCCGUGGGCAUAUGGUGGCCAUAGCGAGCCCUUGUAUACCUGUCAUCAGAGCACAGCACCUGCGACUAGGAACUACUUCAUUCAUCAAGAGUCUGAUGAGAAAUUCCUUCUAAAAUAGCCAUGUACAAGGUGAAAAUCUCCAAAAACUUUACUGAGAUGUUUAUGUUCCAUGUAAAACAUGAUUAAAAUGAGAUGAUCUGGGAAAGGA